UCAGAGGAACAGAGCUAGAGGGCCAGUCACUCACCUAAGCAAAGAUUUACCUAAGCAAUGGCUCUCCACCUCUACCACUUAGCUUUGCUAAUUACAUUUUUGAUGCCCCAUUGGAGCUUGAGCUCAGCAAACAAUGAGUUGGGUAUUAAGCUGUGUGGACGAGAAUUCAUCCGGACUGUGGUGAUGUCCUGUGGGGGUUCAAGAUGGAAGAGGUACUCACCAGAACCAGGACAAGAGAGAGUUAAUCCCUAUAGAGACUUCAUUGACUGGCUAAACCAAGAUUUUGUAGACAACCCAGAAGGCUUGAACUCCUUGUAUAACGAAGGACAUGGUGCUCGAAAUGCCCCCAUUCCUGGACGGCAGCAGCAACAAGAUGCCUCCAUGGAACAGUUGCAGGGAGGCUUAUAUGAUUCAUUAGUAGGUCAAGAACCACGGAGCACCAGCUUACGGAUGAGGAGGAGCGCCGGGCCAGUAGGGACUUGUUGCCAGAGAGGUUGCACCAAGACUGAACUCAUGAAGUUUUGCUAGCAAGCAACACUCUACCCAGAGGCGUCAAGCAAAUCUGUAUCACUCCCAACAGCUUCAUGCCUCUCAAAAUAGCAACUCCUGUUUGCCUGUUACCCCCAUGCUACUUCUGGUAUAAUUACUGUGAAGCAUUCUAGAUGUUCAUUCCUACUCAGUAAUGCAGUCCUUGAUGGGUCCUCGUAAUAAUGUGCAUAGCAAUCAGAUUCAUUUAACAGCCCUAUCACUCACUGAAAUAUCAGAAAAGUAAUGUUUCUUAGUAAGAGCCCUAGCAGAAGAGCCACACGCAUACUUCAGCUUUGUAUGAUGAUGUAUAUUUGUGUCUGCUUUGAAUGCUAUCAGUUUCUGAUGUUUAAAGUAAACGAGGAAGUAGUGCUGUUUUCUUCCAUGUAAUGGGUCAAUUAUUUAAUAAACAAACAUGAUUGAUGCA